UCACAAGUUGACAUAAACAUCGCAAUUAUGUCAUGUAUUUAGAGAGAGAAAGUGUUAUAUAUAGCUAGAGAGAGAAAGAGUACUUUUUGCAAAAUGGUAAGAAUGUUGGAAGCAUGGAAGCAAAUCAAAGGCCAAGAAUGGCGGCAACCAUUUCUUUAAUUUUCUCUAUUUAUUAAUUCACUUCCCUUCUUUCUUCAACCAUUUCACUAAACCCCCAAAUCUCAAACACUUUCAAAAAACUUAAAGAUUGAAUUUUUAUUCUUUCUUUAAAAGCAAGUUUCAAUCUUUCCUCUUAUAGAAUAGAAACUCAAAAAACUUAAAGAUUGAAUUUUUAUUAUUUUUGGGAAAAAAAAUUGAAGCAUGAAAAAGAAUUCUGAAAAUGGUGAACAAGUUGUAGUAGUUGAGUUGGGUCUGAAACUGAAUCAGCAAGAUCAGGACCGUUCAUUUCUGAACAAUCAAAGAAGAAGAGAUGAUCAUGAUAAUAAUGGUGGUGAUGGAGAUGGUGGGCCCAGAUGUAAUGGGUACAAUAACAUGAUGAUCAGUGAUAAUCCACUUGUAUACUGUAGUCCUGUUGUAGCUGAUAAUUCCCCUUCUUCUGUUCAUUCUUCUUCUACUUCUACUUCUACAACUACUGGUGUUGUAAGAGGGUUGCAGCAGCCUUUUGAUGUUUCUUCAUAUUAUACUUCUGCAAAUCCUUUCCACAAAUCCUCAGUUGGAAUGGCUACAGCAACAAUGGGGUUUCCAUUUACAGCAACACAAUGGAAAGAAUUGGAAAGACAAGCAAUGAUUUACAAGUACAUGAUGGCAUCUCUUCCUGUUCCUCCUGAUCUUCUCUACUCUUCUUUCCCCACCAAUUUCUCUUAUCCUUCCACUUUUGCCCCUGCCUCCUAUUAUAUGGGAAAGUAUGGGAGUGGAAUAAGCAUGAGAUGGAGUGGAAAUAGUAAAGAUGCAGAGCCAGGAAGGUGUAGAAGAACAGAUGGAAAGAAAUGGAGGUGCUCAAGGGAUGUAGCGCCUAACCAAAAAUACUGUGAGCGUCACAUGCAUAGAGGACGCCCCCGUUCAAGAAAGCAUGUGGAACAACAACAACAACAACUUCAACAACAACAACAACAGCAACGUCAUCAACACACUCUCUCUAAUCUCUCAGACGACAACAAAGAAAAAGACAAUUUUACCCCUGCUAAGAAAACUCGUUUGAGUGAUAAUUCCUCUUUAAACCCACCUCAAUGUGUUGGAUCUUGUUCUAAAGCUUCCAUCUUUGAUCAUUCUUUGGUUUCUCCUGCUAACCCUUUUGAGGAUUCUAGGAAUUUGGGUUGGAAUGAUGAGCAACAAUGGAAUCAAUUAGUGCAGACAAACAUGAAUUCCAGUGUUUUUCAGCAACAAUUUGAGGGAGAGCCCUUGAAUUUGAACUCUCAAUCUGGUUACAAUCCUACUAAACCUGAUGAAUUGGGCUUAUUAGAGAGGCCUUUGUUUGAUGCUUGGUCAAUGGGUAUGGCAGGAAAUAAUAAGAACAAUGGAAGUAGUAAACUUUCUUUGUCCUCAUCAAAUGGUGGUAAUUCCAAUGUCAUUGAUGAUGAAAUGUGCCAAAUUCAUAUGGGUCUUGGCCUUAUUGAUUCAUGGGUUUCUUCUUCCACCACACCUGGUGGCCCAUUGGCCGAAGUCCUGCGGCCGGGUAAUAUGGCAUUGUCUGAUGUCAGUGAGGUGGAGUUUGUCACUCCACCGGCGACUGCUGUCUCAUCGCCUUCCGGGGUUCUGCAGAAAACUCUUGCUACGUUUUCUGAUAGCAGUGAGAGCAAUAGCCCUACUACUACUACCUGUCAUAACUCCAAGGCAAAUUCUGAUAUGCCAUUCCACUGGUUGAAUUAGUAUGUUUGUUUUUCUGUCCUUUUGAGUUGUUUAAAGGUUCGCUUAGACGGGAAUCCAGGAUUAGUUGGAUGUUUCUUGUGGCUAAUCAGCUGGAAAUUUUGUAUGCUCUUUUAAUUUCAUUUGUUCUUACAUGUAUGUUAAUGUGUAUGAAUUCCACUGUGUAGUACUUGGUGUUCUUUUGCAGGAAGUGCAGAAAUAUUAGAUAUUUUGAGUUC